ACGCGCUGUACAUACAUUGCUCUAGGGCUAAAAAAAAAUCAACUUAUGACAUAACCAUAGCUUUUAAUUCGAUCCGAACUUACCAGACCUUCGGUUAUAUUUACCCUUCAUGAGUAUUCUGUGUUGAUUCCCCCAGGUUCAGUUCAUGUUACAUUUUCAGUUAACAAUGGGUGUAACCGAGAAAAAAAAGCCCCACAAAACUCUGAUAUCGCCGUUGAAAAUACUAAUGCUAUCUACGUAAUUGGAUCGAUAUAAAUACGUGAUGGAAGUACAAGUUUUUAGAUGAUUCUUGCUCAAACAAAGCACAAAUAACAUGCCAACAGUCCUUCCUCAUAAAUACCACGACGAAAUCGAAGAUCAAGGGUUCACAGUAAUUCGUGGAUUCCUUAAUCCAGAAGAAAUUACCAAAUAUUUGCAAGCUUCUGAAAAUCUUGUCCAGUAUGCUCGAGAAGGUAAUUGGCCCCAUGUGAGAACCCGUGGCAAGCAAUUCCCACCAUGGCCCAAGAACUUUAGUCCUGAUAUAUGGGGAGUUUCUGGAUUGUUACAUCCCGAUUUAAAUGAAUUGUUACGUCCAUUCCACGACCUUUAUGCUGAUGAGAAAAUGUUGAACGUUGUUGAAGAUAUCUUACAAGUUGAAAAGUCAGGAUUAUCUAUGGAGUUAUUAAAUAUGUUAAUUAACCCAUUAACUGAUUUUGAUUUGGAUUGGCAUAGAGAUACAAUUAAACCAGAGGUUUCUCCUGAACAAGAAGCUGAAGAAUUGUUGGUGAACCCUUAUGCUGGAGCUCAAUUCAAUUUGGCAUUGACUGACGAUAGUUGUUUAAUUGUCGUGCCUGGAUCACAUAAACGGUUGAGAACAGAAGAAGAGCGUGACAAGACAGUCAAUGAACUGAAAAGAAAGGAAUAUAUCACUAACCAGUUGGUAGUUGAAUUACAUCCUGGUGAUCUUGCUUUUUACAACAACAACAUCUUACACCGUGCUUCCUAUAUCGCCAAGAAUAAGAGAAUUACUCUCCACGGUUCGUAUGGAAAUGUCGAACUAGGAAAAUUCAGAGCCAAGGGUAUUCUUCAACAUGGUGUUGCUGAAUGGCUACCUCGUUUACAAACAGAUAAUGAAAACUUGGCUAUGUUGAAGGAAAAAUUGAUGAUAUUGGCUAAGGAGUUUGAAAAUGUUGAUCUUGGCUAUGCUUUGGAUGGUUGAUGUGAGUUUAUGUAAAUUAUUGUCUUUCAAUUAUUUCUCUAGUGAAUUUUGUUAGUAGGUGAAUAUGUAAAGAAUUUAAUAUUUAAAAGGUAUAGUUGGCUUUCAGGCCGUAUAUAACGAAUUCUAUAACAUGAUACCUGUCUCAGCAUGGCAGAAACACUUGGAUAAAGUGUUACCCAAAUACGAAAUUCAUUUCAUUUCAUAUUCGUAUAAAAUUCUAACCAAAAAGAUGUUGUUACAAUAACGUAUUCAGCUCCUUCUUCAACAACCCCGUACACUACGCUUAGAGUGCAAUUGACACCUCA